UCUCUCGGCUAUCUUAUGUCAUUCCAAAGCUCAACAAAACACCAAUGUCUCAACCCCUAAAUCAGGCAGCCAUUGAUGAAGCAAUAGCAUUAGGGAUAGAUUUGCAGUUUGAUGAUUUAUACCACCCUGAUGAAAUUGCGUUAAAAAUUAAACAAAGAGAAGAAGCGCUUUCUAUACAAGCAGAUGAAGAAUAUGCAAAAAUGUUGCAAUUACAAUUACAGGAAGAUGAAGAAUUUGUAAAAAAUUUGCAUGCCAUUUCCAUGGAAGAAAAUCCUCCGAACAAUUUUCAAUCCUUAGAUGUUCCUUCGACUAGUAGAGGAAGUAGUUUACCUAAUCAAACUGCUACUACUGAGAACAACAAUCCAGAAAAUGAAAUAGAAGAAUUAACCGAGGAAGUUAGUAAAGAAGGAUUACCAGAAAAUGUUAUCUCUGGAUUACCAACUCAAAAGUACCGUCGCAAAACCUGGUGGAGAAGGAGAUCAUUUGUUCCUGAUAAAAACGAGUAA